AUGACCGAGAACCAGGCUGAUGCAGGUGCAGUGAACCUGCUUGCGGACCCUGUGACGGGCGAGAUGGUGAGCAAGAGCGAGCUCAAGCGCCGCCAGAAGCAGCGGCAAAAGGACGCCGAGAAGGCGGCGAAGGCGGAGGCGGCGGGCGCGGCGCCCGCCAAGGCGGGCUCGGCGCUCGCGGCGGAGGAGACGCUCACGCCGAACCAGUACUACGAGAUGCGCCGGCGCGCGAUCCAGGCGCUGCGCGAGAGCCGGCAGCCGGACCCGUACCCCCACAAGUUCCACGUCUCGCUGAGCCUGACCGACUUUAUUGCGCGCUUCCAGCGCCGCGUGGAGCCGGGCGCGCAGCUCGACGAGGUCGUGUCGGUGGCGGGCCGCCUGCACAACAUGCGGGCGUCGGGCCAGAAGCUGCGCUUCUACGACCUGCACGGCGAGGGCGUCAAGAUCCAGAUCAUGGCGCAGAUGCAGGACCACCGCGAGGGCGACUUUUUCGCGGUGCACGACCUGCUGCGCCGUGGCGACGUGGUCGGCGUCAAGGGCGUGCCGGCGAAGACGAAGAAGGGCGAGCUGUCGAUCGUGCCGCACGCGAUCCAGCUGCUGGCGCCGAACCUCAAGAUGCUGCCGAAGACGUCGGGCGGCGGCUUCACCGACCAGGAGCAGCGCUACCGCAAGCGCUACCUGGACCUGAUCAUGAACCCCCAUGUGCGCGACGUGUUUGUGGCGCGCGCGCGCACGAUCCAGUACGUGCGCCGCUACCUCGACUCGCUUGGCUUCCUCGAGGUCGAGACGCCGAUGAUGAACCAGAUCGCCGGUGGCGCGAGUGCGAAGCCGUUCGUCACGCACCACAACGACCUCAAGAUGGACCUGUUCAUGCGCAUUGCGCCGGAGCUGUACCUCAAGGAGCUCGUCGUCGGUGGCCUCGACCGUGUGUACGAGAUCGGCCGCGUGUUCCGCAACGAGUCGAUCGACCAGACGCACAACCCCGAGUUCACCACCUGUGAGUUCUACAUGGCGUACGCGGACAUGUACGACCUCAUGGACAUCACCGAGAGCAUGAUCUCGGGCCUCGUCAAGGCGGUCACCGGCGGCUACAAGGUGACGUACCACCCCGACGGCAAGGACGACCCGAGCGGGCGCACGAUGGAGAUCGACUUCUCCACGCCGUGGAAGCGCUUCGAGAUGAUCCCCGAGCUCGAGAAGCAGCUCAGCGUCAAGUUCCCCCCGGCCGACCAGCUGCACACCGAGGAGACGCGCGUGUGGCUCAGCGACCUGUGCGCGCAGCACAACGUCGAGUGCGGCGAGCCCCGCACGGCGAACCGCCUCAUCGACAAGCUCGUCGGCGAGUUCAUCGAGUCGCAGUGCGUCAACCCGUCGUUCAUUAUCGGCCACCCCCAGAUCAUGUCGCCGCUCGCCAAGCGCCACCGCGACAUCCCCGGCCUGUGCGAGCGCUUCGAGGCGUUCGUCGCGACCAAGGAGAUCGCCAACGCGUACACGGAGCUCAACGACCCGUGGGUGCAGCGCGAGAACUUCGAGGAGCAGGCGCGCCAGAAGGAGGCCGGCGACGACGAGGCGCAGGGCGUCGACCACGUCUUCCUCGACGCCCUCGAGCACGGUCUCCCGCCGACCGGCGGCUGGGGCCUCGGCAUCGACCGCCUCGUCAUGUUCCUCACCGACUCGCACACCAUCAAGGAGGUGCUGGCGUUCCCGGCGAACAAGCCCGAGCAGUAG